AUGUCAACGUCAAUCGAAGGUACAUUGGAAGGAAUGAGCAUGAGGAGUAAUUUGCAGAUCGCGAAAGCGAAAGCGAUAACAACCAGAGGCCACCAAAACGCCAUCGUUCGUUUGCUCCGGAUCAAUCCAUGGACAAGCACCAGUGCACAUGACUUUCAUGCGAAGGAGGACGGUUCGAGGAGAGAAGCGAGGGAGCUGGCGGCGGAAGUCGAUUCAGCGAAGUGGAGCAGCGGGUUGCCGGCCGGGUCGAUUCGCCAGAGAGAAAAGGAGUUGACACAUGCUUCUCAGAAGAUGAGCGAACGGAUGCUUGCGAUUCAUGACAAGGAACAGAACAUGAGCCGCCUCUUUCUCUCUCGAUUCAUGAAGAACGAUCGGGUGCUUGUCGGAAGAUGA